AUGGGCUAGGCGGGGCGGGGAGACGGUGGUGGCGGCGGCGGCAGCGGGUUCGGUUGCGCGUGGCGCACGGGGUAGGAGCGGAGCCCAGGCCGGGAGCAGGCGCCGCCGCCACAGGCGACCAUGGGGAACGUGUUGGCCGCCAGCUCGCCGCCCGCAGGGCCGCCACCGCCGCCUGCGCCGGCCCUCGUGGGGCUGCCGCCACCUCCGCCCUCGCCGCCGGGCUUCACGCUGCCACCGCUGGGAGGCGGCCUGGGCGCCGGCACCAGUACGAGUCGAGGUUCGGAACGGACCCCCGGGGGUGCAACCGCCAGCGCCGCAGGGGCCGCCGAGGAUGGGGCCUGCGGCUGUCUGCCCAACCCGGGCACAUUCGAGGAGUGCCACCGGAAGUGCAAGGAGCUGUUUCCCAUUCAGAUGGAGGGUGUCAAGCUCACAGUCAACAAAGGGUUGAGUAACCAUUUCCAGGUGAACCACACAGUAGCCCUCAGCACAAUCGGGGAGUCCAACUACCACUUCGGGGUCACGUACGUGGGGACAAAGCAGCUGAGUCCUACCGAGGCGUUCCCUGUACUGGUGGGUGACAUGGACAACAGCGGCAGCCUCAACGCUCAGGUCAUUCACCAGCUGGGUCCCGGCCUCAGAUCCAAGAUGGCCAUCCAGACCCAGCAGUCGAAGUUUGUGAACUGGCAGGUGGACGGGGAGUAUCGGGGCUCUGACUUCACAGCAGCCGUCACCCUGGGGAACCCAGACGUCCUCGUGGGUUCAGGAAUCCUCGUAGCCCACUACCUCCAGAGCAUCACACCUUGCCUGGCCCUGGGCGGAGAGCUGGUCUACCACCGGCGGCCUGGGGAGGAGGGCACCGUCAUGUCUCUAGCUGGGAAAUACACAUUGAACAACUGGUUGGCAACGGUAACGUUGGGCCAGGCGGGCAUGCACGCAACAUACUACCAUAAAGCCAGUGACCAGCUGCAGGUAGGUGUGGAGUUUGAGGCCAGCACAAGGAUGCAGGACACCAGUGUCUCCUUCGGGUACCAGCUGGACCUGCCCAAGGCCAACCUCCUCUUCAAAGGCUCUGUGGACAGCAACUGGAUCGUGGGUGCCACGCUGGAGAAGAAGCUCCCGCCCCUGCCCCUGACACUGGCCCUCGGGGCCUUCCUGAAUCACCGCAAGAACAAGUUCCAGUGUGGCUUUGGCCUCACCAUCGGCUGAGCCCUCCUGGCCCCCGCCUUCCACGCCCUUCCAAUUCCACCUCCACCUCCACCUCCCCCUGCCACAGAGGGGAGACCUGAGCCCCCCUCCCUUCCCUCCCCCCUUGGGGGUCGGGGGGGACAUCGGAAAGGAGGGACCCCGCCACCCCAGCAGCUGAGGAGGGGAUUCUGGAACCGAAUGGCGCUUCGGGAUUCUGAGUACUAGGGGCAGUGUGCCCCGUGGGCCUGGGGUCCCGGGAAGGAUUCCGGAAUUGAGGGGCACGCAGGAUUCUGAGCACCGGGGCAGAGGCGGCCAGACAACCUCAGGGAGGAGUGUCCUGGCGUCCCCAUCCUCCAAAGGGCCUGGGCCCGCCCCGAGGGGGCAGCGAGAGGAGCUUCCCCAUCCCCUGUCAGUCCACCCUGCCCUGUCCACUUUCCCAUUUACUCGGUAUAAAUCAUGUUUAUAAGUUAUGGAAGAACCGGGACAUUUUACAGAAAAAAAACAAAAAACAACAAAAAAUAUACGUGGGAAAAAAAAA